AUGCCUCUCUUCGACACUCACAACACAUGGGCCUUUGUCUUUGGUUUGAUGGGAAACGUCAUCUCCUUCGCCGUGUUCCUCUCUCCUGUGCCAACGUUCUAUAGGGUUUGGAAGAAGAAGACAACAGAAGGGUUUCAGUCUCUUCCUUACGUGGUGGCGCUAUUCAGCGCGACACUUUGGCUUUACUACGCAACGCAGAAGAAAGAUGUUUUCCUCCUCGUCACCAUCAACGCCUUUGGCUGUUUCAUUGAAACCAUCUACAUCUCUAUCUUCCUUGCCUUCGCCCCCAAGAAAGCCCGGAUGUUGACAGUGAAGUUGCUACUUCUUAUGAACUUUGGAGGAUUCUGUCUGAUUCUCCUUCUUUGCCAAUUCCUGGUAAAAGGAACCACACGUGCAAAGAUCAUCGGAGGAAUCUGUGUCGGAUUCUCUGUUUGUGUUUUCGCUGCUCCUUUAAGCAUAAUCAGGACCGUUAUAAAGACAAGGAGUGUGGAGUACAUGCCCUUUAGCUUAUCCUUAACCCUCACAAUCAGUGCUGUGAUAUGGCUCCUUUAUGGUCUUGCUCUCAAGGACAUCUAUGUUGCUUUCCCUAAUGUGAUUGGUUUUGGUCUCGGUGCACUCCAAAUGAUACUCUACGUGAUCUACAAAUACUGUAAAACGCCGCCGCAUUUGGGAGAGAAAGAAGUAGAAGCUGCUAAGUUGCAUGAGGUGGUGAGCCUCGAUAUGCUGAAGCUGGGCACAGUAUCAUCCCCUGAGCCAGCGCCAAUCGCAGUCGUCCGUCAAGCGAACAAGUGUACCUGCGGAAAUGAUCGGAGGACUGAGACUGAAGAUGGACAAAACGCUCUAAACGGCAAGCAGUCCUCUUCUGCAGCAGCGACAUGA